GCCUCGGCAGCCUGAGGGGCGGGCGCGGCCCCGGCGCGGUUCGGGCACCGGAGGAGCUCCGGCGGAACAAUGAAUGUGUUUGUGGAGCUUCUGCUGUUCCUGGCCACGCUCCUCUACUCCUACCUGGAGGCUUUUGUGAAGCUGUUCGUGCCUGCCAGGAGAAAGUCUCUGAGCGGGGAGCUGGUGCUCAUCACGGGCGCUGGCCACGGCGUCGGCAGAGCGACCGCCUUGGAGUUCGCCAAGCGCCAGAGCAGGCUGGUCCUGUGGGACAUCAAUAAGCACGGCGUUGAGGAGACGGCAGCAGAAUGCCAGAAGCUGGGAGCCACUGUUCAAACCUUUGUGGUGGACUGCAGCAAACGGGAGGAGAUCUACAGCACUGCAGACAAGGUGAAGAAGGAUAUUGGGGAUGUGACCAUCCUGGUGAACAAUGUUGGUAUUAUUACAGCAGCCGACUUUCUCUCGACUCAGGACCACCAGAUAGAAAGGAUGUUUGAAGUCAACAUUCUGGGCCACAUGUGGACCACGAGAGCUUUUCUGCCAGUGAUGAUGAACAACAACUACGGGCACAUUGUCACAGUGGCUUCAGCAGCAGGUCAAUUUGUGACUCCUUAUAUGGUGGCAUAUUGCUCAAGCAAGUUUGCUGCAGUUGGAUUUCAUAAAGCUCUGACAGAGGAGCUGGCUGCCCUGGGAAAGGAUGGAAUCAAAACAACGUGCCUUUGUCCAGUUUUUAUCAACACUGGAUUUGUCAAAAACCCCAGUACAAGGCUUGGAAAGAUUUUGGAGGUUGAAGAAGUUGUAGAGGCUCUGAUGGAAGGAAUAGUGACCAACCAGAAAAUGGUUUUUGUCCCACCACAGCUGAACAUUGCUUUGCUUUCUGAAAUGGUGUUUCCAGAACGUGCCCUGAACCUUCUGAAGAAGAUGACCAUUCCAAAGUUUGAUGCAGUCAUUGGGCAGAGAAGCACCCAGUGAAAAGCAAGAACUGACUGUCAUUUCCCAGAGGCUCCAGUGAAAACAGAGCAUGUGUUGGGCAGAGUUCAGCUGGCUUGAUUCAGAGCAGAGCUCAGGCAGCUGCUUCCAGGCAGCUGUGCCCAUUCCUGGGCACACCUAAGGGCUUAUCCCACCCCUGCAGCUGGAACACACCUGCAUGACAGGGAGUGUUAGCAAAGCAGAGAUGCAGCUCUAGAAGGGCUGCUUUGAAUGUACAUCCCAUCACCUCUGUCUCAUGCUGAGGCAGGAAUUCCCACAAAGCCCAUGUUUGGGACAGCACAGCUGCCUAGUUGAGUGCAAAGGGAUUGCCUCAGAAGAUGUUAAUCUGAACUCAUCCCUGAGCAAAAGCAUCUUGCAAGAAGCAAUUUAUAGAGGGGAUGGGUGGCCUUUUUCAUCUCAUUUAAUAAUAUUAGGUUUUUUAAAAAUGUGCUCUAAUGAACACUUACAGUUUUGUGUGCAUUAGUAAUGAGCAUUAUUGAAUUAUUUGUAUUACUGAAAUAAUACAAUUAUUUGUAUUAUUGUUUGUACUGUAAUGCAUAAUUACAACAUUUAUCAGUUAUGCAUUAGCAUCAUCAACACUCCAUAUUACAAAUAAAUACAUUUUUCUAACCCAAA